AUGGCCUCGCUCACCCUGUCCCAGAGGCUGGAUGCUGCCUUCGGUUCUCCCUUUUCGGUCGACUUUGGGGAGCUGCAUGGCCUGCUGGAGGCCAUACUCCAGCACCUGGGGUUGCAGGACCUGCCUCUCCGGGCGGUGGGGCGCAGCCCGACACCCCUCCUGGGGAGCACCCACAGCCUGCAGUGCCCCAGCAAAGAAGGGGAAGAGGGUGGAGGCCCCGGCACAGAGCUGGAGCCACUCGUCAGUGUGAAGGACGCACUGGCGGGGACAGCGAGCAGUCUCCAGGUCACCUCUGUGGGGCAGCUGGAGAAAGACGCAAGCGAGAGCAGCGUCUCCAAGGCUCUCCUUGAGAUCGACGCAAUGAAGGCAGCGCAGGAACGCAUGGAAGCGGAAAUCCAGCAGCUGCAGAAGGCACUUGGCUUGCAGGGCAGUGGGGGCCCCUCAGGCCCUGUCAAGAGCCCCAGGGCAGAAGAGGACACCCAGCGCGGGACCAGAUCAGCGCCUGGCACCCAGACCGGCAACCUGGGGACCCAGCCAGGGUCCCCUGUCACCCAGACCCCCACCCUGGGGGCAGAGCUAGGGUCCCCCAACACCCAGACCCUGACUCUAGGGGCACAGCCAGGAUCCCCUGGCACACAGGCCCCCACUCUGGGGACACAGCCAGGGUCCCCUAGCACUUCGACCCGCACCCCGGGGGCAGAGCCAGGCUCCCCUGGCACCCAAUCCCCCACGCUGGGGAAACAGCCAGGAUCCCCUGGCACACAGGCCCCCACCCUGGGGACACAGCCAGGGUCCCCUGGCACCUCGACCCUGACCCCGGGGGCAGAGCCAGGCUCCCCUGGCACCCAAUCCCCCACGCUGGGGAAACAGCCGGGGUCCCCUGGCACUUCAACCCCCACCCAGGGGGUUAAGCCUGGAACCCAUGGCACCCAGACCCCCACCCUGGGGGCAGAGCCAGGGUUCCCUGGCACCCAAUCCCCCACUCUGGGGAAACAGCCAGGGUCCGCUGGCACCUCAACCCCCACCCUGGGGGCAGAGCCAGGGUUCACUGGCACCCAAUCCCCCACUCUGGGGAAACAGCCUGGGUCCGCUGGCACCCAGAUCCCUACCCAGGGAGCAGAGCCAGGGUCCCCCACCACCCAAUCCGCCACCCUGGAGGCAGAGUCAGGGUCCUCUUGCAGCCAGACCUCCAUCGCAGGGACACAGGCACAGGUGUUUCAGGAGAUCGGGCAGCUCGGCAUUCUCUAUGCCAACCUGAAGGAGCAGGUGGCCCAGCUGGCAGCCAGCAAGGCGGAGCGCUCCGAGCUUGAAAAGCUCCACCAGCUCUUCGCGGAGGGAGGUCAGAAGAAUAUCACCAGUGCCCUGUCCGACCUCCAGAGCCAGCUGUCCUCUCUGCAGAGCCCAGCCAGCGACCUGCAGGGUGAGACAGGCAAGAUCAUGCAGCUGGAGGACGCCCCUGGAAAGCUGCAGGUGCCUGGAGCUGAAGGGAAAGAGGACAUCAGGUUGCUGCUGCAAGAAUUGAAGCAGGAGCUGGGAGAGCAGCAGCAGAAGAGCCAGGCCACGCUGGAGCAGCUGGUGGACAAGAGUGCCGAUCAGCUGCAGGCACAGCUGGAUGAGUUGAGGGUGGUGGUGGAGAGCCUGAGGCAGGCAGAGGGGCACGCAGCGCACCCCAUCUGCAGCAAGGACACCGGCACGCAGGUGGAGCAGCUCCUGCAGCACUAUGAGAAGCUGCAGGAGCAGGUGGAAUCCGUCAUGUGCCAGCAGGCAGCGGGCAAGGUGGCGAGGCAGCGGCAUGAGAAGAGCCAGCAGGAGGAGAAGCUCCUGAAGCACAUGCAGGCCAGCAUUGCGCAGCUGCAAGCACAACAUGAGUGGCUGGGCUCUGCUGUGAGAGACCUCCUGGAUGGCUCUGAGAAGAAGCAGAGAGAUAUAGAGAAAGCAACCAAAUCCACCGCGGGCAGCCAAGUCAGCCGAAGCCAGUUUGAGGCCAGCAUGGAGCGGCUGAUGGAGAUAAUAGAGAAGAUCCAGAGCCAGGGGAUGGCCCAGGAGCAGGGCUUGCAGCAGCUGCAGCAGCAGCUCAGGGAGGUGAUGGACUCCAAGGUGAGGGCUGAUUCGUCCCCGCUGCCAAACGCAGGCACUUUUGGGCCGGGCAGACUAAGGCAGCCUCCGUCCGAGGGUCUCCCCUCCCGGCUCUCUCCCGGGGACCACCACGUCCCACGCCGGGGCAGCACGCUGAGCUGGUCCACCUGUCCACAGCUGGAUCGCCCGGAGCUGGCGCCUGUCCAGAGCCAACUGGAGCACUGUAAGAACACCCUGAAGCAGCUCAAGGACAUCGUGCCACAGACAGGGACAGCCGAUGGAGCAGCUGGGAUGAAGUGA